CUCAUCCUUCAACCGGUGCUGUGCCGGGCCAUGAGGCUUGAUCAUCGCAUGGAACCCCAUAGUAAACCUGUCGGAAAUCGGUCCUGUCAACCAUCAUACACGGAGACUAUUCAACCCUAGUUGAGCAUUCGCUGUCAAGGUCUCCAUCCAGGUUCACCAACUUUUACACUCGUAUCACGUCGGAUGCUGAUGCACCCGGAUAAAGGAGUUCCUGUCAGAUGUACUAGGGUAUUUCCGUCCUGAUGACACGCCGCGUGCUGCCAAACGCGGCGCCACCACAUCCAACAUACGCGAUACGGACGCACUCUCAAAAAAAACAUUUCAUGUAUGUCGCGGUUGGUACCUCUCCUUGGCUUAGUCACCCGACUUGGUAAGAUGUCUAAUUAUACGGAACUGCGCUUUUGACUCGAUUCGCGCCCAUAACGGGCAAGCUGACUCCGACUGCUGACUCCCAUCGGUACCAUGGGUCCUGCUUCCUGUAUGCUAGGUUACUUAUGUUAUGCAAUUGCUUACCUAGGCGCAUCUGAUGAUUCACUACUGGCGAAUGAUGAGCGGGAAUAUGCCAAUUCAUCUAUUCACACGGCCAUAAUCGGACGCAGAGCUUUGGGCGCUUGUGA